GGGUUUUAUUUAAAUUUGCAGACAUUCGGGCUUAUAAACAAUUUAUUUGCACUGGCAAUGAUAAUAAGGAGCUGAUAGGACUCAACGCCCAAUGGUUUAACAGGUUUAUCCAACAACGACUCAUUCUAAAGGUACCCUGAAGAGACAUACACUCCCUUAAAGAUCUUUAUGAACUGGAGUCGAUUUAUGUUACCGCCCCUUGCGAAUCCAGUGAGGUGGGAUCGCGUACAAAUGUCGAUGAUGAAUUUGGUACUAAAUGGGAUGUGUUGAUUAACAUGAACCACUUCCACCACAUAAGCCUGUAAGCUCUCUGUGCACGCCAUAAUCUCCAUCAGCAGCAAUAACUUGAGAAUGGCGGCAUUUUUAAUAGAUCCAAAAUAUUGUCAAACUUAUUUCAACCAAUAGCCAUCAAUUAAUAUAUAGGCUAAUAUGAUGACAAAUAGAAUUUACAACUAAAACGUUUAUGUGCGUUGAAAACACCGUCAGCAGUAAAGUUCAAUCCCAUAAUACAGCGCUGGCUUGUUCAAUCCAACCCGAUCUCAAAACCCCUAAACCUAAACGUCACUGGGGUUUAGACAAAUCGUAUAAAAUCGUACGAGUGAGGUCGUACAAAUUCGUAUGAAUAAGCCACCUCGUAAAAUACGUACGAAUUGGUCGUGAGAUAGUGGUUCAAUUCAGUCUCGUUUGCUUUUUUUCAUAUUAGGCAAGAUGUGAAAGGUGGUGGCAGGGGCAGGUCUUUUGCAUUCAAAUCUUGGAAUGAUUGAAAUUGCACAAUAAAAUGAAUUGUCUAUAUUUAUUGUAGAACAUUCGCAGCAAAAUAUCGAUAUUUUGAGUUUUUAAAAGGUUGCAAGGCAUACGGCCGCCCGGUUAUGCACUGCAUAAAAAAUAUAUUUUUAUGUAGAGGAUCAACAACGAACACCAAUGGAAUUUUGGAAUACUGUAUCAGGAGUGUCUAGUGUUUCACAACAUGUUUGUAAGUUUUACUAAGAGGUUCGAAAAAUGUGCAUGUGCAUUUCAGAUUAAAAGGAUUUUGUGUCGAAUAGCCUAAUGUAUGCCUGGAAAGCGGUAUUGUACUGUUAAAAUGACUUUUCUCUGUUCAUUUUCCUUCCUCGCCAUUGUAAAACGGCAUAUGUCUGUACACAAACGGGGGAGGGGAAGUCUUUGCUUGUGAAGACCCGUUAUUUUCUCUUUCACGUUAGUAUGACGUGGGAUGGAGGCCUGCCUGAUCUGUGAAAAAAAAGUGGACCGCAGAAAGUAUGGAUAAUUUGUCUUUUUAACUCGCUCACACUUAUUAUGUAUUAGAGCAUGGUGAUUAACAUAGGCAUACAUUCUUUUUUUCUUCUUUUUUUUGUGUACACUUGUGUUUCUUGCAUUCUUAGCUCCUCUGACAACUCAUAUAUUGAUCUACAGUUUUUGUUGCAGAAUUUGAAUACGUGUAUUAAAUCGCAACUUGGAAAAAUCUCCGAAGAUUUCUCAAAGCAUGGCUAAUACAUUUUUUUUUUAAUUCUGCACACAUGCAGUUACUUUAAAGAAUGUGCAUGAACACAUUAACACAUAUAGGCCUAUCUCAAGCACACAAAAUGACUAAAAGCAUUAGCUGAGUUAAUGUAUAAUGUGAUUUAUGUUGAUUACAGAUGCAAAGCAAAAUCAAAGAAAUAAUAAAGCACUAUACACAAUUGUUUUCGACUCUUUUUUUUUCUUCUUCUUCUGAACGAGUUUGGGGAUUGGUAAAAUACCAUCAUCGAUAUUUUCAUUCGGCUUUUAACUUGCCACUGUUAAAAAUGUUUGCUUCAAAUUCUACGUUUGAUCUCGGUUUAGUCAAAAUGCUCAUCUCACUGAAAUCAAUUGCAUGAUUUGCAGAGUGUAUGAUAUUUUAUGAUAUUUACAAGGAUAUAAAAGCAUUUAAAUUAAAAUGCAAUAAUAACAUCACGGCAAUGUUUAAUAUGUAAAAUAAAUUUUAAAAAGCACCACAUCAUUGUAUUUGCUGCCCAACAUACCCAUCUGUCAGCAUUAAUAUUUUUUUUCACAAGCAUAACAACACAAGUUGUAACAAUACUCCGACAAAAUGACUAAUAUUAAUUUCUAAGCAUGAAUUUAUCACUCGCGAAUUAUUUGCGCUAAAAGAGGUGGGAUUACAAUAGUAUGGUAAUUAGCUAGGGGGUGGGGUGGGGGUGGCCAUGGGUGGAAUAUCCAUUUUUAUUGCAUCACCUGUCAGUAACGUCCAAUCAGCGUUGGCUUUGGAGGCAUUAAUUGAUGAAGGUGUCUCCGGCCUUGCUCUGUUCCCACUGUCAUUUUAUUUGUGACUAAACCAGCAACGGUAAUAGCGGCUGCAUUUUGGGUUCUAUUUCUCUGUCUCUCCCUCUCUCUCUCUCUCUCUCUCUCUCUCUCUCUCCAUCUGUCGCUCACUUCCUCUCUUUUUCCCUUCCAUAGUCUCCUCGCUUUUUAUCCUUCUCCCUGGCAGUGCUGUUCACCUUCCUCUUUUCCUCAUGGCCAGAUGGGAAGGGAGCUGAGGGAGCGCAGGUAUACAGGAGCUCAGACAGGCAGCAGCCGGCCUGUCGGCAACAUCACACACAUUCCAUCGAUCAUGCAGUGCUCAGGUCAAUGGACUGAUUGUUUUCAUUCAAACAGGCCAUUUCAUUUUUAUUUCUCUAUUUAAAACUUUUUGUUCACCACGCAGUGUGGACAUGUCAAAUCCCACGCUGGACCGGUCAGCAGAAUGCCUUGAAAUAAAGCAGCAGCAGUAAAGCUACUUUAAGGACAUCCGUCGCUCUAAAUGUUGGAAUUAAUGCAAUGAAGAAAAUGGGGGACUUGGAAUCCGGUUUUGAGGAAAUGCAAGGUGUAAAGCUGGGCUAUUUGGUUAUCAAAGGCAAACAAAUGUUUGCCCUUUCUCAAGUCUUCACCGACCUCUUGAAAAAUAUCCCGCGGACUACUGUACACAAACGUAUGGACCAUUUAAACGUGAAGAAACAUCACUGUGAUUUGGAGGAACUGCGAAAGCUCAAAGCAAUAAAUUCUAUAGCUUUCCAUGCAGCUAAAUGCACUCUGAUUUCAAGAGAGGACGUGGAGGCACUGUAUUUUUCAUGUAAAACUGAGCGGGUAUUGAAAUCAAACAAAAGAAGGGAAAAGAGAAACAAUUCCUCAGAAAAAAUGUGUGAUGUCAAAAGCACCUCUGCAAGAAGUGACUUUUGGAGAGAGAAAGUUUGGUUGAGUUUGCAUGGCGUUCCUCAGACUUUCUCAUUCAAAAACAAAGCUGUUCGACAGGACCCUGUCCCUCGCACUCACUUCGAUCUACCUCAAAUUUACAGUAAAUCCUUCUACCGUGACUUCCAACCGGUCACGAAGUCGAAAUCCACACCCUUUAAAAACUAUGAAACCGAUCAGAAACCUGACAACUGUGUGGCUUUUGAUCAGAAACGUACGCUUUUUCGGCACGUUGUGAAUCGGCAGCCGCUGCUCUAUCAGUCCGCCAUUGCAGCGCAGGCAAAGCACCAAGGCAACGCAGACCUACUUUACAAAAGGAAGAGGAAGCGCGAGAGCAGCGCGAGGCAGUUUUGGCCGAGGAGCAGACGAAGCCAUCAGGUUUUGGUCGUCCCAAAGUGCUGUAAACCAAAAGUUCCCAGUGGAUCUUUGAGCCAGUUUCACCUCGAGCAUGGAUUGUACGUCGAUCCUCGGCACACCGGACAUUUUCAGGAAAGCUGCUGCAGCAGCGACACGGAAUCUAGCUCCGUCUCAGAACGGGUGAACAACGAUUCGGAUUUCGGGUCGAGUUUCUCAACCACCAGCAACUCCGGGACUUCAGAUGAGGAGGAGGAGGACGACGACGACUCUCUGUCGGAUUCUUCAGAUGUCAGUAGCGAUGAAGAGAGCUCCUCUCAGUCUGAUUCGAGCUCUGUGUCUAGUCAAGUUUCAGUGCAGAGCAUUCGUUUCAGGCGUGCAAGGUUCUCCAGUCUCAACACAAAAACACCUCUACUUUUACAGCCAACUUUUCACUACAGGCCUAAUGUGCAGAACAUCCCCACUAGCCAAGGAAUAAGUACUUUGGAUUGUAAACGAACUGUCAAAAUUCAGAAAUCGGACUUUACAUCACCCACAGAUGGUGAUGCUGUGAAAGUCCAGAAGUUCUGCCCUGUGCGGAUAUGUUUCCCAGAUUUAGAGGGCUCUGAAGCACCAUCACGCCUUGAAUUUUCAAAUGAUCCAAAGACAACAGACUGUGACGCUUUCAGAAUUAAAGACACCGGGCUUACACCUAAUGCAAAUGGAAACAAUACAUUUCCCCAACAAAGAAUAACGGGUUCUGCAAACAGAUGCUCCCAAGCCUUGAUCUCCCACGGUGUUCCGGACAAAGAAAUAACGGGUUGUGCGUCUUCAGACAGCAAUCUUUCAUCAGCAACAAAUUCCAAGAGGGAAGCAAAAACUUCCUUCAAACUGCCUUCACCUCUAAAACCUAUCAAAACAGAGACCGAGGAGCCCGUUACUACAUCAGGCUUUAACAAUAAGGGCAACAGGGCUGUAAAAACGCCACCAUUUUUACUCAGCAACGUGAAGAUUAAAGUCGAGGACACCUUUGACGAAUAUGAAUAUGCAAAUCAGUCUCCGGGAUAUCUAUGUAAGGAUAAUGACGCUGAUGAUCAGGGCAUCAGUGAUAAUUUAAAGGACACUGACCAUUGUAAAGCCACAGAGAGCUCUGUCCAAAAACACCCUGCUUGGAACGAGGAAUCAAGAAGCACUUUAAACUCUCCUUGUUCCGAGGAAAGGGAAUCCAAGAAUGGUGCAAGGGUCCGGAAAAACUACAGAGCGAUGCUUUUGGGUAAAAAAUCUGAAAGUGUGAGGACAUCAGUUGCAAAAGUUGAACGGAGCCCCCGUGCUGCAGGAAAAUUUGCUUGCAGUGAGGGAUCGAACGAAGACUGUGCGGGCGCGAGCAAACGCAAACGAGCGAGCCCCAAUGUAGCGUCCCUGAAAAAGCCCUUUAGAUUGAUGGCGAAUUUCCCCUCUCCGUCGUCUCUUGUUAUCGGGAGCGAUGGAGAUUUGAGUCCCGCUUACUCUUUUAACUCUCUAGGAAGUAACCAGCUGCCUCUUCGUUCUCACCCAGUGUGGAGAUGGCAGCUCGGUCAUUCAGUUGUUCCUCCCCCUCCAAGCCACAAAUUCAGGAAAGCCUCUGUUAUUCCGUGAACUGAUGUUUUGAGCUCGGGUGGAAAUGUCUUAAAACCGUGACAAGAACUGAUUGCCUUUAGUUGUUUUAUUUGUUUUAUCAGUUUUCAAUGUAAACGUGUUUGGCCUGUUGUUAUGCAGGGCAUACCGCCCUCAUAUCACGGGCUGCUCUAUCCAUCGAGGUGUGAGACUCGGGAAUAAACGGAGGUAUUUAUAAUAAACUGGUCUAGCAAAAAAAAAAAAAAAAACACUUGUUUUUUUAAAUGUCAGUACUGACAUCGUGGAGCUGUUUUUGACCUGUUGAACGACUCUCAAGGAGCACAUGUUGGCUCAUUUUGCAUGCAGGCAGGGUUAACCAUCUCAUAUAAGAAUGGCGUUUUAGUAAUCGUCAGGUCUGUCUCAACUGAAAUGUUGUUUUUAAAACAUCUGAUUUUUUUUCUGUAUAUUUUGAGCCAAUGUUUUGUAUUUUCCCUUUAUGCUUCAUCUAUAUACUGUAUUUCUGAAUUACUGUAGGCCGAUUAUUCAUGCCCUUCUUAUUUAUUUCAUGUGUGCUCCAAUUGUUGGCGCCUGGUGUUCACGCGCACGCAGAGCAGCAUAACUCUCACGGUAGGCCCAACACAAUGCCCCUCUAACUGACAAUCGAGAGCUGUUUGAUUUGCACGAUGUAAUAGAGGGAAAAACGCCAAAUCAAGCGCCUUCUUUACCACAUUCAUAGCUUAAGGUAUAGAACAGCUAAUGCACAAAUGUACCAUGCAUUGCACUUUGCUAAUGCCCAUUAAGGUGAAUCAGUUACGUAUGUUUUUAUAUUUCGAUUUUCUUAUGCGAAAGAGCCAUCGCAAGUUAACCCCAAAAAACACACGACCUUUUUUAAUUCAUUAAUUCUUGGUGCUAUUUCCAAUAUGCUCUUUUGCUUUUGAGAGGAGGUUUAUGUUAGUCGU